AUGCAUUUCUUCAAUCCAUACCUGGAGGUCCUGACCAUGCUUCUGUCCAGUCCUGCUGGAGCGCCCAAACCUGGCAUUCACAUGCCUUUACAACAGAUCAGUCCCUCACCAACCUUGAGUACAAAAAGAAAAGGUUUGGAAGAUGUGCCCAAAGAUGAUCCUGCAGUCCCCUCGGCUCUUCAAAGAUCAAAGAGGUUGAAGUCAACUGCCAAAAGGCAAUGGCCCAACGCGUCAGAGACAGUGGUUGCCGGAAGAACUAGGAGCAGUGCCAAGACCAGUUCUCCUGAAACUGAUCCCUCGGAGAAAGCCACCUCCAAGAUCAAAGAAGGACGAGCUGAGUCUGCUCCCACCAAAAAGAAAAGACUGAGAAAGAAAACUUCUGCCCAAGUCGACUCUGAAAACACUGUGUCUACUACGGAACAUAACCCUAUCGAGCUUGACGACUACUUUGAAGAGGAGGCAGAAGCAGCAAAUGAAGAACUAAACGUGCCUGAACAGGAACCCGAACAUGAAGCUUCCUUGAGGACUCCAGAGAAACCUAGGUCUCCAAUUAUUCAGUCCACACCGCCAACCGAUCCUAUCGUCGAGCCUGAGUCUGUCAAUGUGCAGGAAGAGGAGGAAGACAAGGACCUGGAUUCUUUGUUUAAAUCUGCUCAGGACUUGUUAAAGGCAGCCACAUCCAGUACUUCAGGUAGUGGUCUCGGCUCAACUUCUCAGUCUGAGUUUACUCUAGAAGAAGUUAACGAGGCCAAAACAGCCCUCAGGAUGGCCCUCCUACAAAGCUUUAAGGCAGGCGUGCAUCCCACCAAAGCCUCAAACAUCAAGAAAGCCAUGGACGUGCUUGUGAAGGCAAAGGCCUUGGAAAUAGAGGAGACCUCCCUCCAGUAUUUUCAAAAGGAAUUUCCCAACAUGAUGAAGUCUCAUGACUCUUCUACCCAUGAGCUCAACAAGAUAAAUGUUAAGCUGGCCGAAUUAGACCUGAAAGAAGACGUCAAGGCCAAUGAGGCUAACAUCACUGCAACUUCCAAUGAAAUCCAAGACCUCAAGACUAAACUGGUAGAAGCUGAAGGUCGACUGGACGGACUUCAGAUGGAAUCCAAGAAGCUGGCCAAGUAUCAUGAUGAGCUGAAGGCUGGAUCAAAAAGUCAGAAGAUGAAAUUGAAUCUCCUGGUCGAAGAAGUUCCAAGUCUCCGUGGGCAGCGGGAGACACUUGAAGUCCAGCUUGCUAGCUUCGACACCUCCUGGGAGAAGCUCAAGAACAACCUUGAAGGCCUCCUGUAG